AUGGAUAAAGAAGUGGUGCCAUUGCAAGCGAAGGAUGAACCCGCCAAGAAAGAAUUUGAAAGACCUCCACUAGAUUUAUGGGGGGACUUAAAGGCUGGUGUCCGAUUUAUCCUAUUUGAUCCACAUGCCAAUUUGAUCGUGAUGCCCAUUCUUUUACUACUAGAAUCCAUUGCCCUAAAGGUUAUCGUGAAAAGGGUAGCGUACACUGAGAUUGAUUAUCGUGCUUACAUGGAACAGGUAGAGAUGAUUACGGACGAGGGACAAUUGAAUUAUUCAUUCAUUGAAGGUGGUACGGGACCACUAGUGUAUCCUGCGGGACACGUUCUCUUGUACAAGUUUAUGCAUUGGGUGACUGAGAGUGAAGGAACGGGUGAAGCAAGUGGGAGUAACAUUGCAUAUGGUCAAAUUGUGUUUAGAUACUUAUAUUUGGUUACAUUAUUUUUGCAAUUUAUCAUUUUCCAAAUGUUACAAUUACCUCCAUGGUGUGUUGUUUUAAGUUGUCUAUCCAAAAGAUUACAUUCCAUUUACGUGUUACGAUUAUUUAAUGAUUGUUUUACCACGUUAUUUAUGACUGUGACAGUGCUAUGUUUUGUCAUUGGUACCAAGAUUAAGAGAAACAGAUUAUUCAUCAGCAUAGUUGCAUCGCUGUUCUACAGUGUGGCCGUGAGUGUCAAGAUGAAUGCAUUAUUGUAUUUCCCCGCUGUAAUGAUUUCAUUAUACCUGCUAAAUGAGGGACAACUCUUUAAGACAGUCUUUUGCGGUGCGAUCAUGCUUAUUUGGCAAGUGAUAGUAGCAUUACCCUUCUUAAGAAGUUACCCCCGGGAGUAUCUGAAUGGGGCAUUCAAUUUUGGCAGACAAUUUAUGUUCGAAUGGAGUAUCAAUUGGCAAUUUCUCGGUGAAGAGGGAUUCCAUAACAGAAUCUUCCACAUUUCGUUAUUAAUGAGCCAUCUUAUCACGUUAAUGACAUUAUUCCUAUGUCAAUACCCGGGAAUGGUGCAUGAUCUGCUAUCAUCCCUGAGACACCCUCUCCAGAGAACGAAAACUGGCGUACACCUCGAGAAAGUCAUCCCGCUGAUCCUGGUAGUGUCCAACUUCAUCGGAGUAUUCUUCUCGCGGUCCCUCCACUACCAAUUCCUGUCGUGGUACCAUUGGACGAUCCCCAUGUUGAUGCAUUGGUCGCAUAUGCCCUGGUUCCUGGGGCCCCUAUGGUACGUGCUACACGAGUACUGCUGGAAUGCGUACCCUCCGAACGAGGGAGCCAGCGCUCUCCUCAUGCUGUUGAACGGCACACUAUUGCUACUACUGGCAUACUUCCAGGGCACCACGACUGCCCCUCCCACCGUCACCCCAGCCAAGAAGCAUGUAUAG